AGUUGUUGUUCUGCCGGUAGAGCACGCCUGAUGCUGCUGUUGGUGAGAUUUGCUCGAUAUGUCUGCCUCCAAAAAGAAAAGCAAAGAGAAAGCUCUACAAGGGGCAGCCUCCCCCUGUCCGGAGCCCCGAACGGGUAGUAACAGCAACCCUUGGCUGUUUAAAGUCACCGACUUCUUAGAUAAAGCAGAAGACAAUGUACCAAAGGCUUACAGAUGUUCUUUCGUACAGCUCGGCCUGAAUAGUAUGAAAUCGGCUGACGUGUGUAUUGGGCGCCCUGUUUUGAUAACCAGCAUAGAUGGGAGACAAGAGGUGUGUACAGCAUGGCCCGUGUCUGGUCUUCCUUCCGGCAAAGUUGGCCUCAGGGCAACAGCGCAGAAAAACCUCAAGGUGAAACCCGGGGACUCGGUGCUUGUGCGGCCCGUCACAGGCUCUGUGCUGCAGGCUGAAGAAAUCGAAGUCAGCCUCAGGGAGAAGGAUGCCGGUGGGAUCAAUCUCGAAGAGCUGUCUGCUUUUCUGCUAAGGCUCAUGGAUGGAAAGAUCGUUUUGCUUGGGAACCUUUUAAGUAUGAACUUCUACGGUAGACCAUGCACCUUCCAAGUGACUAAAAUUAAAGGCAUUGAUGACAUGGUGCAAGAACCACUAUCGAGUAAUGUUUUUACAAAUGACAUGUCAAUGGACAAGAGCAGCAUGGAGAGCAGUACCUUGGAUUUGUCUUUGCAGCUUGGCCAGCUGGAUAUCGAUGAUAACCAAAAUGUAGCAGCCACAAGUACUCCAUGCAGAACUGACAUGGUCAGGCCCUCAGGUCCUUUUUGUCAGGCUGUGGCAGAAGUUAAUCCACACGAGCCGAGCACAGGGCAGUCACACCAGGACAGCUUUCAAAGCCUUAACUCGUCAGACAGUGAUAAUGACAAAGGACCGAUGUCUCCAUACCUGAAAAAUGGCUCCAAAUGCAACACGGAUACGUUUUAUUCAAUUUGUUCACAAACUCAAAUCAGAUACAAAGAUUUCAAGUCGACAUCAGAGUCUGAAGAAGUUGAACAAGGAAAUAAAGUAACUUAUGACAUGAUUGGCGGAUUGAAGAGCCAAUUGAAGGAGAUACGAGAAACUAUUGAGUUGCCUCUGAAGCAGCCGGAGCUGUUUAAGAGUUAUGGAAUUCCUCCUCCACGGGGAGUGCUACUCCAUGGUCCUCCCGGGACAGGCAAAACACUCAUCGCUCGAGCAAUCGCUAAUGAAGUCGGUGCUCAUGUUUCAGUUAUCAAUGGUCCAGAAAUAAUGAGCAAGUUUUAUGGGGAGUCAGAGGCCAGACUGCGCCAGAUUUUUGCUGAGGCAUCGCUACGCCAACCCUCCAUUAUAUUUAUUGAUGAGCUUGAUGCUCUAUGUCCAAAAAGAGAAGGGGCUCAGAAUGAAGUGGAGAAACGUGUUGUGGCCUCCUUACUUACACUUAUGGAUGGAAUUGGAUCGGAAGAAAGUCAAGGCCAGCUUUUAGUGCUAGGAGCCACAAACCGCCCUCACUCGUUGGAUCCCGCUUUACGCAGACCUGGGCGCUUUGACAAAGAAAUAGAGAUUGGUGUGCCUAACGCUCGAGAACGUCUUGACGUUCUCCAGACCAUAUUGAGAAAGGUCCCUCAUCAGCUGAUUGAAGAAGACCUUGUGCAGCUUGCAGACAGCGCCCAUGGAUAUGUGGGAGCCGACCUGGCUGCCCUGUGCAAGGAAGCAGGCUUGAAUGCUCUGCGCAGUAAACUUGGAGAGCUGUCCUGCCCGUCAGACAGGGAAGUGGCUGGGUCCGUGGUCAUCGCCCUGCACGACUUCCUGCAGGCAAUGAAUGAUGUCAGACCCAGCGCCAUGAGGGAAGUUGCCAUUGACGUGCCCAAGGUGUCGUGGUCAGACAUUGGAGGCUUGGAGAAUGUUAAACUAAAAUUAAAGCAGGCUGUCGAGUGGCCGCUAAAACACCCCGACUCUUUCAUUCGCAUGGGGAUACAGCCACCAAAAGGAGUGCUACUCUAUGGACCCCCAGGGUGCUCGAAAACCAUGAUUGCAAAGGCUUUGGCUAAUGAAAGUGGACUUAACUUUUUGGCAGUAAAGGGCCCGGAGCUGAUGAAUAAGUAUGUUGGUGAAUCAGAGCGAGCUGUUCGAGAGAUAUUCAGGAAAGCAAGGGCUGUUUCUCCUUCUAUUUUAUUUUUCGAUGAAAUAGAUGCUUUAGCUGUUGAAAGAGGAAGUUCUUCUGGAGCGGGGAACGUAGCUGACCGUGUCUUAGCUCAGUUGCUAACAGAAAUGGAUGGUGUGGAACAGCUGAAAGAUGUUGUGAUUCUGGCAGCUACAAACCGCCCUGAUUUAAUAGACAAGGCUUUAAUGCGUCCUGGGCGUAUCGACAGGAUCAUCUAUGUGCCAUUGCCAGACGAAGCUACACGCAGGGAAAUUUUUAAAAUCCACUUCCGCUCCAUGCCCUUCGACGGUGAGAUCUGCCUAGAAAAACUUGUGAAACUGACAGAGAAAUACUCUGGAGCCGAGAUCGCUGCGCUCUGCAGAGAAGCUGCCCUUCUGGCUCUUCAAGAAGACAUUCAAGCCCAGUGGAUUAUGAGAAGACAUUUUGACCAAGCCUUGGCCAUCGUAACACCAAGAAUACCAGAUUCACUCAUUCAGUUUUACGAGGCUUACCAGCAAAAAAGUGGACUGCAUAAUUUAUAAGCUUAUUUUUCAGCUUUAUUAAAAUAAAAUCAAGCAAUUAUUUCAACCAAAUAUCAUUGGAAUGCACCAUUUUUCAAAAUAAAUAUUUUUAAAAAUACAA